UCCAUCUUCUAAUUUGAUUACCUUCCAGACUCGUUUACACGACUACAUUCAAGGUCUUGUCCAGCGGUUCUGACUCGUCCGGUACGAUCAGAAUCUCGAGCCAUUCUUUCAGCUGUCGAAUACACAAAUCAAUAGCACCAACGCUCCUCUAAAAAAGAAACAGUCAAAAUGUUCUCUAAGGCUUUCCUCGCCGCCGCUAUGCUCGGUGUUUCCGCCGUUGAGGCCCAUAUGAUGAUGAAGCAGCCGGUUCCCUACGGCAAGGAUACUCUCAACAACUCUCCUCUCGCGGCGGAUGGUAGCGACUUCCCUUGCAAAAUGAGGUCCAACACUUACCAGGUCACCGAGGAGAACACUGCCGCUAUCGGCCAAUCGAUGCCCUUGUCCUUCCUUGGCAGUGCUACUCAUGGCGGUGGAUCUUGCCAGGUCAGCUUGACCACCGAUCGCGAGCCCACCAAGGACUCUAAGUGGAUGGUUAUCAAGUCGAUUGAGGGCGGAUGCCCCGCCAACGUCGAUGGCAAUUUGUCCGGUGGCCCCUCCUCUGAGGGUGCAAGCACCUUCCACUACACUAUUCCCGAAGGUAUCGAACCUGGCAAGUACACUCUCGCUUGGACUUGGUUCAACCGUAUUGGAAACCGUGAGAUGUACAUGAACUGUGCCCCUCUCACUGUUACCGGCGGUAAAUCGAAGCGUGACGAAAUUGCUGAGGAAAAGCCUGUUGAGGAGAAGGCGGUUGCGAAGCGCUCUGCCAACUUCCCUCCCAUGUUCGUCGCCAAUGUCAACGGUUGUACCACCAAGGAGGGUGUCGACAUCCGUUUCCCUAACCCCGGCAGCGAGGUUGAAUACGCCGGUAAUCCCAAGAACCUCGCACCCGAGGGCAGUACUGCCUGCACUGGCACCCCCUCCUUCGGUGCAGAUGGCAAUACCGCCGGCUCCAGUGGCUCUAGCGGUUCUAGCGGCAGCUCUUCCAGCUCCUCCGCUGGGUCCUCCGGUGCUACCUCGGUCCCUGUUCCUCCCGCACCGGUGGCUUCCUCGACAUUGAUUCCCCAGCCAUCCCAGUCAUCAGCUCCCGGUAUCUUUGUCCCCACCGACAAGCCAGCCAAGCCCACCCAGCCAGCUCAACCUACCCACACCAGCUCCCCUUCGGGCGGCUCCAACUCUGGUUCUAGCUCCGGCUCCGACUCUUCCUCUAGCUCUGGUUCCUUGACCGGAUCUUGCAAUUCGGAGGGCAUUUGGAACUGCAUUGGUGGCUCUUCCUUCCAGCGCUGUGCCAACGGACAGUGGUCCGCCGUGCAGCAAAUGGCCGAUGGUACUGAAUGCACCGCUGGCCAGGAUCAGAACCUCAAGGUCAAAGCUGUCAACGUCAAGCCCCGUAUGCUCCACGAGAUGCGUCACAGGAAGCGCAGCUAUGGCCACAACCACGCAUAAAGCAGAGUCAUGUACCCGCCGGUUCGGUUAUGUUGACUUGCUCCUUUGAAAAUUCUCUUCGCUUUCCUUCCGUGGGCAGGUGUGCUUGUGGGGGGAGCCCUCAUGGGACCUUUUUUUUACUUCCAUUGUAUGUACUUUCUAGGGUUGAGAAGAUGGCUGAAACCCGACCAUUCUUAAAUAGGAAGCCUUGAACAUGAUAUCGUUCUAGUUUUCGAUCACUCUAAUACAUGAAUACCG